UGCUCGUUCCCCAUCCCCGGCGCUAAUUGACUCCGAUUGAACACCCCCCCAAGGGGCAGUGGGGGGGUGUGGGGGUGUGUGUGUGUUACUGCCCUCCUCCUCCCGGGGGGGGCCACAAAACAACUUUUUUUCUUUUUUAUAUAUAUAUUCCAUUUUCAAGCUGGUGUUGGUUUGGGACAUCAACAACCACCACCCCCCCCCCCCCAAGUUUUUGCACGCUGGGGUGAAGGGGGGGGCAUCUAUGGGUGCUGUGAGGGGCACCCCCAGGCUCCUUUGCCGGAGGGGGCCGAUAUAAAAAAAUAAAUAAAUAAAUAGAUAAAAAAUAAAUAAAGAUUAAAAUAUGGAAAAACCCCAGCAAUAGUGGGGCCGGAGCGGGGGGGCCGUGGGUGUGUGCCAAGGGAGGAGGGCAAGAGGGAGGGCGCAGGCCGGCCCGCGGCACCCGCCCCAGCGCCCGCUAACACCGCGCCCGCCGACACCCUCACCCCAACCCCAGGGUGCCCUGCUUUUUUUUUGAGGGGGGGGGGACGACACACACACAGCACACACACGGGGGGGGACGCACACCCCGAUACUGGUGUUCCCCCCCCCCUCCCCGCCCCCCCAAAACCGGCCAUGGGGAUCCAGGGCAUGGAGCUGUGCGCCGUGGCCGUGGUCAUCCUCCUCUUCAUCGCCGUCCUCAAGCAGUUUGGCAUCCUGGAGCCCAUCUCCGUGGAAGACAGCAGCGAUGCCGAGGUGGAGCUCUCGGCUGUACGGCACCAACCUGAGGGGCUGGAGCAGCUGCUGGCGCAGACCAAGUUCACCAAGAAGGAGCUGCAAUCGCUCUACCGCGGCUUCAAAAACGUGAGUGUUGGGGGGACCCUCGGCCCGGCCCCCCCCACCGCCGGGGCCAGACUCGGGUGGAGCUGGGGUUCACCAGGUGCCCACUUUCCUCCCCAGGAGUGUCCCAGCGGCCUCGUGGACGAGGAGACCUUCAAGCUCAUCUACUCGCAGUUCUUCCCCCAAGGCGACGCCAGCACCUACGCGCACUUCUUGUUCGACGCCUUCGAUGCCGACCGCAACGGGGCUCUCUGCUUCCAGGAUUUUGUCAUCGGCCUCUCUGUCUUGCUGCGGGGGACGGUGCACCAGAAGCUGAAGUGGGCUUUCAACCUCUAUGAUAUUAAUAAAGAUGGCUACAUCACCAAGGAGGAAAUGCUGGAGAUCAUGAAGUCCAUCUACGACAUGAUGGGGCGCUGCACCCACCCCACCCUGAGGGACAGCGCGCCCGCCGAACACGUGGAGCUCUUCUUCCAGAAGAUGGACAGGAAUGGUGACGGCGUGGUGACCUUCGAGGAGUUCCUGGAGACGUGCCAGAAGGUGAGGAGCUCUGGGUGGGCUUCGGCAUCGCUGCCCUCCUCCUCCUCACUCACUGCCAGGCCUCCAAGUCCGAAACAUAUCCCCGCUCCUUGCCCUGUCCCAAAAUGAUGUGCUGGGGGCGGGGAUCAGGAGAGAUGGGGGAUGAGAGCUCCGGUCACACCGGGGCUGAGAGGAAGGGCGGGAGAAGGGGGACUGUGGGCUCUGACCUCUCCCUCCUGCCUGUGCAGGACAAGGACAUCAUGAGCUCCAUGCAGAUCUUCGAGAACGUGAUCUAGAACCCAGGAACACCUGCUCAGCCCCGCCAGCGCCUCCCUGAGUGGCCCGAGGGGAACUUUUUUCUACCGUUUCAGACAAAAUGAGAGGUUAAAUGAAAUAAGGAAAUAAUCCACCUGGCUGCUGGCACGACAGUUCCAAGAGACAAGAAGGGACACGGAUGAUUUUGCUCGUCUGCCCGAGCCCAGCCCGGCGCCUGGCGAUGCCCACCCUGCCAGCUGGACACAUUUUGGGGAGCGGAAGAUCCCUCUGUCCCGGGUGGCACAGGAGACCCCGCUGCAGCACAGCCCCAGACCCCUUCCCCCGGGGCACAAGCCGGUGGGGAGGGGAUAUCGAAAUAUCGCUGCUGCGAGGCGACAGCUCCCAAAGGACAACCUGAAAGCCCACGAACCUCCCUCUCCUCCCUGCGUGGCCCCAGUGCCGAGAGAAGCGACUCCCCACCUUCCGGCGAUACGAUGAGAGAGGGUUUAUUUUCUAAAUAAAACAAAUGGUGAUGACUUAGGGAUGAAACGUGCCGCCUGGGAGCCAAGGGGAAGCACCAGCCACACACGGUCCGGAGGGGGGAUGGAAAGGGCAACCCCGAGCCCCAGGGUGGUGGCGGCAGGGGAGGCGUCACUCAGCGAAGCGGCGGGACGCAGCCGGGAGGGUUAUUUGGGUUAUUGCUGCUUUUUAUCUCCUCACAAACGGGCCGGUGAAGCCAGGCCGCGCCUCAGCCAGGCCCUUUCCCCAGCCCCCUGCCUCGGCCCCCUCCUCCUCCGCAGCCGCCUGUUGCUCGCUCGCUCACUCACUCACUCACUCACUCACUCACUCACUCACUCACUCGCUCGCUCACUCACUCGCUCACUCACUGCGCAUUUCCAUGAAAUAAAGGUGAGAAACACCCGCCUCGGCCCGGCUCGCUCCCGCCGGGAGCUCUGUCGGCCCCGGCCUCGGCGCCGUCAUGGCGGCGCUGUCAUGGCGGCGGGCCGCUGUCAUGGCGGCGGCUCCCCGUAUCCUAAGC